AUGGGUACAACUGUUCUAAUGUUUCUCGACUGCAUUGUUCUGUUACUUCAAUUCACAACACUUGUUUGCAAUGGUACCUUUCUUUUUCUGCAUAGCAGGAUUACAAGAAAUGAGAAGUUCUCGUUCCUUCGAGUGUCGGUCUUUCUAUCAGCUACUAACUUCCUCAAUGCACUGGCAACAAUCCCUUACGCAGUCUAUCUUAUCACAAACUGGAAUGCCGCCCGUAUAGAUCUCAAUCCUUACUAUGUGCUCAUUCUUGGCACACCGAUUCCUGCACAUCUCAAAGUCAAUAUAACGCUGACUAUAUCUUUAGCGCUGGAGCGAACACUGGCUCUUUACUUCCCAGUCGGCUAUCGGAGGCUAUCUUCUCCUAUAUAUGCGAUCGCUUCUCUGGUAAUCGGCCUGCUACUUGCAGCUUUUGAUCUUUUCGUGGAAUUCACUCUAACGUCGUUCGAACCGAAGGUGGACUGUCCUGCCCUGUGGUGCUUCCUCAACGACAGAUUCUGUUCUUAUUGGGGUGUAAGCAACUUGGCAUUGAGCCUCGUCGUCGUUGUGCUGACAGUUAUAUUCGUGGUCAAGCUGAGAUUAUCUCGACCAAAACCACAUGUGUUCAGUACGAGCAUACAAAAAGACUCGGGCCGCUCAACUUCCGUGCAGGCAAACCGUAUAUCAAUGGGAAUCUUAUUCACAUCUUUAAUUUUCGUAACAUUUCCGAGUAUUAUUGCUGGUGUAGCUGGCAUUCGAGGCGACGUGGUCAUGAAUUCCAUUGGUCCAUUCUACUUUAUUGGACUUCUAUGUUCUGGCACUUGCACCAGCGUUGUGUACAUGACUCUCAAUCGAGAUUUACGAAUAGCACUCAAAAACUGUUUACUGUGCAAUUGCUCCGCAUCAGGACCAUCAGGAACAUCUGUGGAGUUUCUUUCUUCGUACAGAUCAAGGAGAAGGCCUACACAGAUUUGA